AUGGACGCGUUAAAUAGUGAACGAAAUAAACCGGUGCUAUCGAAAUCCACAAAACGGAAUCUACGAAGGAAGGAGCAACGACACAUAAAAAAGGCAAGACAUGAGGGACCCACCAUACCCGAUGCCGACGACAACCAGCACACCGCACCCGAUUCUAACAAUGGUCUAGACAACGAAAGAUUGGAUUUAUUCUACGACCCAAAAAAUGCGAAAAAACUUCACGUUAUAUAUUUUACCUUUAGCCACAAAACGCAAGCUGAGACUCGCGUACUUAAAAAAGAAGAAAUCCGCGAAUAUAUCCGGUCAUAUCGGGUUUCCGAGGACUUCAAUCCUGAAGAUCUUAAAUCUACCUAUACAUCGCAACCGUCCACGUUGUUUAGUCCAAGGUCUACAUUUGUCGAAAAACUUUCGGAAGAUAAAUAUCGAAGGCAUAUUACCGAAACAAAUUCGAUAGAUUUAAUCACCAAUGACAAAGAAUUUUCGAUACCUGCUAAAUAUUUAGAGUUAUUGGAGGUUGAUAUUUUUCAUGUUAGAGAUCCUUUAGAUCCACCCUCUUCGGAAUUAUGGGAAAGGUUCGGACAGUGGGCAGAUUUUGAAAAGAUUAAAAAAUUUCGACAUCAUUGCCGGCGCUUGUGGAAAAAAACAAAGCAUGCGUACGAACAGCAUAUAGAAUCCCUAAAAAAUCCUAUGGAGCUUUAUGAUAUCCCAAAUGUGUUCUUACGCCAUACGAAUGACAAACUUUUUAUUGCGGAUGAAAUAACUAAGAAGGUCGCGGGUGAUGUCCAUCUAGAUGGUUACAAGUACGUUUCUAAACCUUGGUGUUUUAAAAAUGCGAUUGGUGAAACGAUGAUAGAUUUCUUCGACCUCAACCUCAACAACUACCUGAUCAUAAGGACUGCACGAGUGAUAGACCAGUAUUAUAAACAUAACCUUAGUGAACCUUCUCAUCGAUCUAACCAAUUUACCAAAGAUUUAAUAGAACAUUUCGGAGCAUCGUGUGUUCAAGAUUUGAUCCGAGAACUUCAGCCACUUUCCGAUGCAGUGAACGAUUAUCUUAACAACACAUAUCCGGCAUUAUACAUCAAAAUGAAAAAACUUGAUCUCGGUUCCAAUGUUCCUAAAUCUUUUGGAGCCUUUCCCACAAUUAGUAUAAACUUUAACAGCAUAUGUCAAUUUCAUCGAGAUCUGAAAGACCAUCGUAAUACACUCUGUGUUGUAUGCCCUCUCGGAAUGUUUGGGGUGGGCAUCUAG